CCUCCGUCAUCAUAGUAUAUAUCAGUUCUAAGCUCUAUCCUCAUCAUCCCACCAAGCCAAUCUCUUUGAAAAGGAUUCACUUCCUUGACAGCCAACCCCCUCCCCCCCAACCUCUUUCCCGUCAUCUGAAUCGUGAAAGAUUUUUUUUCAUUUAUAACCAAGUUGCGAAUAAAAAAUACACUGUCAAGCAUAGUUAAUAUUAUCGAUAAAUGGGUUCAGAAGGGACUUCAGUGACAACAAUUCAUGUUACUGGAUUCAAACAAUUUCAUGGGGUGUCAGAGAACCCAACAGAAACAAUUGUAAGAAAUCUGAAGGGGUAUAUGCAGAAGAAAGGAUUGCCAAAAGGCCUUGUUCUUGGGAGCUGCAAUGUUCUCGAGGUUGCGGGAGAGGGGGCACUUGCUCCUCUUUAUAAUAUCUUGGAGUCAGCUGCAGCGGGCCGCGACGGUGAAUCCUCAAAUGCUGGGCGAGUUAUUUUGAUCCAUUUUGGAGUUAACAGUGGUUCAACAACGUUUGCUAUUGAGAACCAAGCAAUCAAUGAAGCUACUUUUCGUUGUCCAGAUGAAUUAGGAUGGAAACCUCAGAGAGUCCCCAUUAUCCCUUCAGAUGGAGACAUUUCACGAACACGAGAGACUUCUCUUCCAGUGAAUGAGAUUACCAAAGCCUUGGCAAAAAUGGGAUACUUGGUGAUACCAUCAGAUGAUGCUGGCCGAUUUGUGUGCAACUAUGUUUACUAUCAUUCACUCCAGUUCGCAGAACAACAUGGCAUUAAGUCUCUUUUUGUACAUGUUCCUCUUUUUCUGACAAUCAACAAGGAAACCCAGAUGCAAUUUGCUGCUUCCCUUUUGGAAGUACUCGCUUCCUUGCCCUAGUACCUUGAUCAUCUUCUGUAACAUUAGUUCCCUCUUCAAAGCUGUUGGGAUUUAUGGCGAACCAAGGUGUCAGGCAUCAUUGGUAAGGAUGCUCAUUUGCUUGUUAGACCAAAAUUGUCUCUCUUGAAUAUAAUAAUCGUGAUUUGGUUGAUUUGGUCAGUCUUCUACUCAUGUGUCUUGGAUAGAUGGUCAAUGGAAUAUUCAUGUUUGAUACAAGCAAUGUACGGUUGCUUGAGGGUGUAUAUAUUUGUGAUCAGAUUUUGCUCGAGUUUGUGCAUCCUGCAAAGAACUCUGUAUUUGCAGAAGCAAAUGUGGAACAAGUUGUGUCAUUUCUGCUGA